GGAGGGAGGAGGGAGAGUCAGGUCAGAUGACUGAAAAGCCAAACCUUCCCUGGAGCCAUGAUCAGUAUCCGCACUCGCUCUCUCUGCUCGGCCAUGGCUCGCAGCGUCAAGUCCUUCUACGACCUCAGCGCCGUCACCCUGGCCGGGGACCCGGUGGAUUUCAACGUGUACCGAGGCAGAGUGGUCCUGGUGGAGAACGUGGCCUCCCUCUGAGGCACGACCACCCGGGAUUUCACCCAACUCAACCAACUGCAGGGUCGCUACCCGCAUCGGUUCGUUGUGCUGGGCUUCCCCUGCAACCAGUUCGGGCACCAGGAAAACUGCAAAAACGAUGAAAUUCUGAAAACGUUGAAGUAUGUGCGUCCUGGGGGUGGUUAUGAGCCCAAUUUUACCAUGUUCCAGAAAUCUAUCGUCAACGGCGAUGGCACGCAUCCUCUUUUUGCCUAUCUGAAGGAGAAAUUGCCUUAUCCUGAUGAUGAUCCCGUAUCUUUCAUGAAGGAUCCUCAGUCCAUCAACUGGAGCCCAGUUUGCCGAUCAGACAUCUCCUGGAACUUCGAGAAAUUCCUCAUCGGACCAGAUGGAGAACCGUUCAAACGUUACAGCAAAAAGUUUGAAACCAUCCAGAUUGAACCUGACAUCCAGAGGCUUUUGAAAGUUGCCAAAUAGUUUGAGGUUGAAGUCGGUUUACUCUUCCCUCCCUCCAUUAAAAGCUGCACUAACACUUCUGAUCGAAUUGAAUAUGUACAAUUCUAAAACAAACACUAAUAUUUUCCCCACAUCUUUUAUUUUAAAAAGGAGUAUUUUCUCCUCAGCCUUAGUUACAAAUAUUGAUUGUGAUGAAUAUCUUUCGUAAGGUAUUUAACUCCAUCCGUAUUUGUGAUUGUCAAUUUUUAUUCUCCAGGUUAAUGUGAUCUAAUUUGAGGCUGAUUUUUGAAGGGCGGUAUAUAUUUUCAAAACAAAAGAUUUGCUACAAUUCAAUGAAUGUAUAAUCUCAGAUUUAAAAAAAACUUGGUAAAUCUUGUAAACAUCACCUUCAAACUCUUCAAGGUUCAGCAGUGAAGAGGGGGAUUGAGAAUGUGUAAGAACAAAAACAACUGUUUUCUUAAUGUAGAUCAAAUGUAUUACGACCAGAAAGUAAACCAACUAUUUCAAUAGAGACGGCAUGUUAUGAGCGUGUUUGAGCAUUGUAAAACCUUUUUUUAAAACAACUGUGCAUUUCUUUGGAAGUUGUUAACAGAUCUUCCAGACUUCAGAACUUUACAGAAUGAAGGUCUCCUCUUAAACCUAAUGGGAGGGGUGCCUGAAAAAACAAUUGAAAGUUACUGAAUUUUCUUGAUAUUUCUGUUUGUAACUUUUCCGAAGUGUAACUCUUAACAGUAAAAUAACCUCUUUUGAACAAAAA